GCUUCCAGUUGCAUUUACGCAGCUUACCAAUGGCUCUCUUCAUUGUCUUGGUGGUUUGUCUUUCUUGUUUGAUUCUUUUUUCUCUGUGGAAUCGAAGGCAUGCCAAAGGGAAGCUCCCACCUGGCCCCACUCCUCUUCCAAUCAUUGGAAAUAUGCUACAGUUAGAUAUUAAGAAUAUUGCCAAAUCCUUAAGCACUCUAGCAAAAGAUUAUGGCCCUGUAUUUACUGUGCACUUUGGCAUGAAGCCCACUGUGGUAUUAUAUGGAUAUGAAGCUGUAAAGGAAGCUCUGAUUGAUCGGGCAGAGGAGUUUUCUGGCAGAGGAAGUUACCCAGUGAUUGACCACAUUUUCCAAGGAUUAGGAAUUGUUUUCAGCAAUGGUGACAUAUGGAAGCAAACUCGGCGUUUCUCCCUCACUGUUUUGCGGAAUAUGGGGAUGGGGAAGAAAACCAUUGAAGACCGAAUUAAAGAGGAAGCCUUGUGUCUGAUAGACGAAUUAAAAAAAACCAACGGAUCUCCAUGUGAUCCUACCUUCCUUCUGUCCUGUGUUCCCUGCAAUGUGAUCGCCUCUGUCAUUUUCCAGAAUCGUUUUGACUAUGGUGAUGAGAAAUUUCAUACCUUGAUUCACUAUUUUCAUGAAAAUUUCCGACUUGUAAGCACUCCCUGGAUACAGCUCUAUAAUUUUUUCCCUAGUUUACAUUAUUUCCCAGGAAGUCAUAAUGAGCUCUUUAAAAUCAUUGCUGACCAAAAAAAGUUUAUUAUGGAGAAAGUAAAAGAGCAUCAAGAAUCUCUGGACAUCAAUAACCCUCAGGACUUUAUUGACUAUUUCCUGAUUAAAAUGGAAAAGGAAAAACAUAACACACAGUCUGACUUUACCAUGGACAACCUGAUCAUCACCAUCUGGGAUCUGUUUAGUGCAGGAACAGAGACAACAAGUACCACAAUGAAAUAUGGACUCUUGCUCCUGUUGAAGCAUCCUGAGGUCUCAGCUAAAGUCCAGGAAGAGAUUGAACGAGUGAUUGGAAGAGACCGCAGCCCCUGCAUGCAGGACAGGAGCCGCAUGCCCUACACGGAUGCUGUGCUGCAUGAGAUCCAGAGAUACAUUAACCUCCUUCCCAUCAACCUGCCUCAUACAGUGAUUCAGGACGUUAAGUUCAGAGAAUACGUUUUUCCAAAGGGCACAGAAAUAAUGGUGUCUCUGACCUCUCUUCUGUAUGAUGAAAAAGAGUUUCCCAACCCACAGAAGUUUGACCCUGGCCACUUUCUGGAUGAAAGUGGCAACUUUAAGAAGAGUGACCACUUCAUGGCUUUCUCAGCAGGAAAAAGAGUUUGUGUUGGAGAGGGCCUGGCCCGCAUGGAACUGUUUUUAAUCCUGACCAGCAUUUUACAGCAUUUUACCUUGAAACCUCUGAUUGAUCCAAAAGACAUUGACACCACCCCAAGUACAAUUGGGCUAGGCUCUAUACCACCCUCCUAUGAACUCUGUUUCAUUCCAGUCUGAAGAAAGGAAAGGUUACCAAAUUUCUGAAAGAAACUCUACAGCCUCAUCUGAACAAGUAUGUAUAUUUUUUUCUGGCUGAUGUGUCAAUCAUUUUGUACACCCUAACAGGAGGAAUACCAUCCAUGAGCGCUGUGUCUUCUAAUUUUCCCCACCCUUCAAAAUUCAGUUCAAACUUCCUGCAUAAGAGAAACCUCACUGUUGAAUAUCUAAUAAAAUUCUUGUUGUAAUACAGUUCUGAGAUCAUAAGCUACAGUGCAUCUUCAGUGUAUACCAAACAGAAACAAACUUAUAAAUUAGUUUAUUUUAAUAAAAAUUAACAAUCAGAAAUUAUCCUAUGAUUUUAAAAAUAUUUUAAAAUAAAAUACAGAAUUUAUGCAUCUCUCACUGCUGCAGUCUGGCUGGGCACAAUCAGGAGCCACUUGUCAAAAGAAACUAACUUUAUUUUUAGAACCACACGCCAAACAAAACAGCCUCUCAGGAAAAACCCUCAGAGCCUCAACUGCCACCACCGGCUUUCCACAAGCCUCUCUCUCCCACACAAGCUUCUCCCCACCUCCCACAAUCCUCCUGCUCUUGAGGCCGAUUGGCUGGGUCACGUGGGCGGAGCCAAAAAAGUCCCCCAAUGAGCAGCUCCGUGGUCUGAAAGGGCAGGGAAACAGCCCAAUGAGCAUCACCGCAGAGGAGCCAAUCAGCUAGAUGUUGCUGGGGCCGCUGUGAGCCAAUCAUCAGCCAGCAGCUGGAAGUUUGCUGGCAGCUGGAAGUUUGCUGGGGCCCCUUGGGUUGUGGCUCUCAACAUCUCACUUCUAUGUAACUCUCUAGGGGAAUGAUUUCUUGACAGUUUGUUCAAUAUGCUUUUGUCUUUUUCCAUGGUUAUUAAAUUAUAAUUAUGUGUGUACAUGU